CUAACUAAGAAACAAUUUAUUAUAGUUGACAUUUGCAUGUGGACGUAGUUAGACAAAGAGAUAUUUCAUAUGUAUAAGAAAAUUUAUACGAUUGAUUGUUUAAAUAUAUGCAUUCAAGUGUUUCAAAUUUGAGGAAAAAAAACUUCACAUCUUAUAUAAAAGUGUAUAAUCAAAAGUUAUUGCAUGUUUGAAGAAAAUCGAAAAAUGAUUAAAGCACGGCAUGGAAUAAGAAGAAAGAUGUGAUUAGUCAUGGCCUCGUAGGCAAUGAACAAAUAGCAAGGACAACUUUUGGAAGCACUGAGAAUAAUGUUGUGGAUAAAGAGUAAAAACAAUAGAAAAACUAUUAUGAUAUUCACAAUUUAAGAUAAAGGAAAAUUUGAGUAUUUUAUUUCCAUGGUUUUCCAAAAAAAAAAUUGCUAUAAUUAUUACUUAAUAGUCUAUGAAUAAAGUUCAAUAAAAAUAUUGAAAAUAAUAUUUCUAUGGUCUAUAAAUAAGAAAUGAAACCAUCACAACACCAACAAGAUACAACAACCCCAAGAAGAAGAAGAAAACAUAUAGAAAAACGGAGAUUUUCAAUAAAGAUUCAUCUGUUUUUCUUCUUCUCUGUUUGCCAUUGUUCACCAUGACUACUGUUCUUCUUCCUCUAUUUCAUUUCUUGGUGGCAAAGGUCUCUGCUUCUCACUUCUUCACUGAAACUCUCACUUCUUUCUAGUCACCUAAAUCACUAACUCCCACACAUACAAUCCCUUUGUUACCAAAAAAGAAUCUUUCCUUGUUUUUUCUUUCUAUUUUGUAGUACUGAAAAAAAUAUCAUAAUGGAUUCAGUUCAGUUUCAACACUUUAAGAAGGAGAAACCUAGAGGAUUCUUGAACUUCCAAACAAUAAGAUCAUUCAAAAGUUUAUUCAGACUCAUCGAACUGAUUCUUCUUCUAAUCUUGAUCUCCAAACUCUCUUUCCCUUCAGUGAAACUAUCCACUGACAUUUUCAGGGGAGCAGCAGAGUUUCUCGUUAGCCCGAGAUUCGUUUUCUUCAUAGGCAACGCUAUUGUAAUAACUCUUUUUGCGAUAUCCAGACGAUACAACUCGGCUCACGAGCCUAUCUCAAAGACAACAGAAGCCGUAAGCAACGAUCUUUACCAAGAGUUUCUUCACGAGAGUGAGAAGAAGAGAUCCGAAGUUUAUGAGAGGAAGGAAACAGAACAGCCCAAGAAGCCGAGUGGAGUGAAGAGAGUUAGUUUCGAGAGAAGCCAAUCGCAGAAAGCGUUUGAGGUGGUUCACCCGCCUGAGAGUACAUGUGGUGGGAGAGUCAUGAAGAGGUAUGAGUCGGAGAAGCAUCUGAGGAUAUGUGAUACGGACAAGAAAGUAGUGGUGAAAGGUAAGAAGCCAGAAGAUAAAAUGAGCAACGAACAGUUUAGGACAAAGAUUGAAGCCUUCAUCGCGAGGCAAAAGAGGAUUCAGAAGGAUGACGAACACUUGAUAAUCUAGCUCAUCUUUUGUUACUGAAUGUUUUUGUUUCUUUUUAGUUAUAAACUUGGAUGCUCUGUUCAAAACAUUUCAUAGUCUUGUAAGUCGUAACUUUGCCUUGGUAAAAUUCUGUAUCCUAAGUCCUAACUCUUGUAAACCUUUAAAGUUGUUUAAGUAAAUAAUACAAAUGUUAUGGUAUGGUAUGUUA